AUGGAAGCAUCGACACCUGGACCCAAUUCGACGCGGGAAGACGUCGUCGAAGUAUUUGAGACUGUACCCGGAACAGCGUCUGGAUUGCUGCCGCCAUGUAUUUCCUCGUUGGCAGAGCAACAAAUCUGCCCACCGGAUUCCAGGUCUGACAGCGCGGGCGAAGCAGUUAAACGAUUCGUUCCCUCAGUGGACUACCUAAGGGUUGCGCGUGCAUCUCUAAAGAAAAUUCCACCACAAAUCAAGACAUCCAACACUGGCACCCCUACCGGCUCGUCGAGCACAGAAGCCAACAUACCCGCCCAACAAAACGGUUUGUUGUGCUGGUUCAUUUUGCUUGAAUUAUGA